GGUGUGAGCCCGGGCUCUCUAAAGUGGGAACCCUCCAGGGCUGCUAGACAUCUGCCAGAGCCCAGAGACCCUGACGCCCCCAGCCUACCAUGCCGGCAGCCACGGGUCUGAACAUGAAGGCGUGGCAGAACGUGUUUCAGGAGUUAAUUCAGGAGGUGAAGCCGUGGCACCCAUGGACCCUGACACUAGACAGUAGCUGCGUUCCCAACAUCCCGCAGCCGGGGUGGUCGCAGUACCAGCAGUGGGCCUUUGCCAGGUUCAAGUGCUCCUCAUGCUCUCACAGCUGGGCCUCCGCCCAAGUUCAGGUCCUUUUCCACAUGCACUGGAAUAAGAUAGAAUCCAAGGGCCAGGUGAAGAUGAGGGUCUUCACUCAGAGAUGUAAGAAGUGCUCUCGGCCUACAUUUGAGGUGCCUGAGUUCACGGAAGAGAACGUGUCAAGAAUCCUGAACAACCUGGUGCUCCGAAUUCUCAAGAACUGCUAUCGAGAAGGAUUUAAGUCCAUGGAGGAGAUCCCUACCAUCAAGGACAGCUCUCUCGAAGGGCCCCAUGACGUGAACAACUGCGAGGCGUGUCUGCAGGGCUUUUGCGUUCAGAGUAGGUUAGAUCCAGCCAAACCGCCCCCCAUGUCCCCAUCACUUCCCACAAUAAGCUCACCUAACGCCAGGGUACCCCUCUAUAAGCUGCCUCCUCCUCCAAGGAGUAACACCACAGGGGACACAGCGACAGGGAACACCAGGGUGAAGAAAGGAAAGGUACUUCCCACCCCAUGGGUUCCUGAGCCCCCACUGGCUAGGAAUCCCAGAGUAAACACCAGCUACCAGGUGGAGAGGGUCAUCCACGACUACUCACCUGAGAAUUCGUAUUCCCCCCUGGUCCAGGAUCGCAGGCCCUGCUGCUCAAAUGUUUGUUGCUAUAAUUCAAGCAUUUGUUGCUGUUUAGUCAUUCUAAUCAUAAUUGCGGUCGUGUGGUUGUCGUUAUUUUCUAAAACCACUCUGUGAAUUUCAAAAGUAUUGUGCUAAGUUUAAAAAGUCAGACCCACAAAGUCAUAUAUUGUAUGAUCCCAUUAAUGUGAAAUAUUUAGAAUAGGUAAAUCCAGAAACAGGGAGUAGAUUGGUGGCGACCAGCAGCUGGAGCAGAGGGGAAGUAGAAGCAACUACUUAAUCUGCCCAGGUUGUUUUUGUCGGGGGUAAUGACAAAAACGUUCGGGAAUGAGAGAGAGAGGGUGGUCGCACAACUUGUGGAUGCACUAAAUGCUAAUGAAUUGUCCACUCUAAAGUGAUUACUUUAAUGCAAAUUUUAAGGGUUAAUGUGAACUUCACCUUAUUUUUUUUAAAAAAGUGCUGAAAUUUCAUUCAUUCUCUGGAGAACUGAGGGUCUAUGGCUCACAACACCAUUUGGAAAUCUCAGGAAACCCCGGAGCCUUCUCACCAGGAAAUUUCACCAGACCCUAGGACACCAGUGUGCGGAGGCACUUACUGGCUGAAGCGCUGGGCUGGAACUGCCAAGGCAGUUCCCGCCAUAGCAGGGUGCUCGGCGCUGAGGGGUGAGGCAGGACCAGCUGUGCGGGGGUGGAAGAAGCCUUAAAAUGCCAUUUAAUUCUUCCUUCCACUUUGGUAUUUCUUGCUGCAUGUUUUAUAACAUAUGUUAAUACAUUUGCAGAAUGAUAUAGUGAUACACUGUAUAAAGAAA